AUGCCUCGCGGGCGGGCGGUGACGACGAAGGCGCUGGGGACAGAGUCGGGGGAUGGGGAGGGCAAGAGGCAAGGAACAAGCAACAGGGACAGGAAUGGGGAGAAGAACGGGGAGAAGCACGGGGAGAAGCACAGGGAGAAGCACGGGGAGAAGAACGGGGAGAAGCACGUGGAGAAGACGGGGAGAAGCAGGGGAGAAGCACGGGGACAGGACAAGAGCAAGGUCAGGGACGGAGACGGAGACGUAGACAGCGACAACGACAGCGACAGAGACAGCGACAGAGACAGAGACAGCGAACGGGGCGAUGACGGUUGGCAGCGGAAGCGAGGACAGAAGCGGUCGAGGUUGAGCGGGGUUCGAGCAAUGCCGUCGUCGUACUGGCGGCCGACGGCAAAUGAAUGGGCGCGGAGUGCGGUGAGCGGGUGGUCGAGAACUGGCUGGUUCGAGGCGUGCGCGUGCUCUGCUUGGACCGAGACGAGUGCUUUCUCGACCGAGGCGAGGCGACAGGAGACGAUUUGGAAGCAGCGGACGAAGGCGAGCGUGGGUGCGCGUGGGUGCGUUAUCCGAGACGACGAUACGUCGCUCGCUGAUCUGUCUGGCUUGGCAACCUGGAUUUCUCGAAAUGCGCGGGCACGGGCAAAUGUGUGA